GUUGUUUACAUUACUGGCACACGGGUCAGCAGUGUGGCGAUGAGAGGGGCCUAGUGGAGAGACUGUCUGAAAACACGUACACAUCUCUCGACUGGCUCUACAGCACACAGGCUCUCUCUCUCUCUCUCUCUCUCUCUCUGUCUGACAAAAAAAAAAAAAAAAAAACUUUAUAGCGCUCAGGCAACAGUGCCACGCAAGAAAAAAAGGCCCGACGAGUCGACUCUCUCUCUCGCUUUUUUUUUUUUUUUUUUUUGCGUUGGAGCGACCUUGGAAAGAAAAAGAGAAAGUCAAAAACAACAGACAACCGCCAUAACCAUCAGGAGAAAGUCUCAACGUGAAGAAGGAAUAGCUCAGCAACAGAGUCCCACUUCCUGAGGUGCAAAGGAUCAAGCUCCUAACACCAUGGAUAUGGACACGCAGCCACAAGGACAGCAAGCAGCCGUGCCAGUCUUUCAACCCCAGAAACCCUUGCAACCAGAUAUGGGCCAUAACUCGCUGGCAAACUUCCAGAUUGAGAAGAAGAUUGGACGCGGCCAGUUCAGUGAGGUGUACCGGGCGAGGUACCUGUUAGACAACACGUCAGUGGCCCUGAAGAAAGUCCAGAUAUUCGACUUGAUGGAUGCCAAAGCUCGGCAAGAUUGCAUCAAAGAGAUAGAUCUCCUUAAGCAAUUGAACCACCCCAAUGUGAUAAAGUACCAUGCGUCUUUUAUUGAGGACAAUGAGCUGAACAUUGUCCUGGAGCUGGCAGAUGCAGGGGACCUCUCACGUAUGAUCAAGCACUUUAAGAAGCAGAGGAGGCUUAUCCCAGAGAGAACAGUGUGGAAGUACUUCGUCCAGCUCUGCAGUGCUCUCGAACAUAUGCACUCCCGGCGAGUCAUGCACAGAGAUAUCAAGCCGGCCAAUGUAUUCAUCACAGCUACUGGAGUAGUGAAACUAGGAGACUUGGGACUGGGAAGAUUCUUCAGUUCCAAAACGACCGCCGCUCACUCGCUAGUGGGUACUCCUUACUACAUGUCACCGGAGAGGAUACAUGAAAACGGAUACAACUUCAAAUCUGACAUCUGGUCGCUAGGAUGCCUGCUCUACGAGAUGGCAGCCCUACAGAGUCCAUUCUAUGGGGAUAAGAUGAACCUUUACUCCCUUUGUAAGAAGAUAGAACAGUGUGACUACCCCCCUCUUCCCUCAGAUCACUACUCAGAGGAGCUGAGGAACUUGGUAGAUAUGUGCAUCAACCCUGACCCGGAGAAGAGGCCGGACAUCACCUAUGUGUACGACAUUGCCAAACACAUGCAGAACAUGACACAGGGCAGCUAAGCCCAGAGUUGCACACACUACAGCUUGCAGAACUCCUCCCCACUUCCCUCCUUGCUCUUCAUGCUGGACUCGUACACAUCUAUCAGCUUUUAUACAAAAAUUUACUCCAGAGUUUAGCUCCUUGUGAUAAGUAAUAUGUGUAACUGUAUUUUCAAGGUGAUGGCACAGUCUAUAACAUGACUUGCACCCAUACCUUUUCUGCCCUAGGAUAAAGAUCAGAGAGAUAAUGCUUUUUUUGUCCGAUGGACCUCCCAUUCCUUAGACUUUAAUAAUGUUACAGCACUGAAACUCAAUGUAUUGUAACUCAGUGAUGUGUUUGUAUGGCUUUAAAAUGCAUGUCCUCUGUCUUUUGUAGUAAAGCCAUUUUUCAGCAAUGCUAUUUAAAGCAGAUAUACUGGAAACUUGUAAAAUUAAAAAAUGCAAAGUUUGGUGUUACCCGUUACUUAACCUCAAAACAGGUAAUCAAUUCAAAUGUCCUUAAAAAUUAUCUGUUGCGUCCCAUGAGACAUGUGGUCACCAAACGGCACAAAAAAGACUUUGAGAACAAUGGUAAAAUUGGAGUGAAGAGUUUUCCAAUUAGUGGCAGCAAAACUGAGAGACACUGAGAGUGUUAUUGAUGGUUGAAGCAUUGUUGUGUUGCACUUUUUACCCUGGUACUGGAAGGCUGGCUGGGUGAUCAUGUCUAAUGAAUGUAUUAGGAAAGGAAGGAUCAUGUAGAGAGUAGACUAGAGACACGCUUGGGGGGAAAACAUGGGCAAAUGUCUCCACAACACUUUGAAUGUAAGUCAUUUUGACACUUUUGUAUUGUCUUUGAAAACAUUCAGAAUGUCUCUUUUUUUUGACAACCUAGAAGGAGUUGUAGAUGCUGUAACAAAAGCAGUUUUAAGUCUGCUGUUUACCUUAGUCACUGACACCAAAAACAUUUUCUCCUUGGUUCAACUUAAACAAGGUAUUACUGAUUUUGCUGGUAAAACCAUGAAAAAAAGUCAAAACAUAGUUCUCAUUGUGGUCCAGUGGAUGCAUUUGACCCACCAGAAAGACAUUGUGUCGACAAAAUGUUGUGAUUGUAACUGUUGCUGUGUAAGUUUGCGGUGUAGUUGUGUUAACAAAUAUGUUGAAGAGAUAGCAGAUUCUUACCUUGUGUAGCCGUCCACGUCAUGAGUAAAACACAGCUUAACAUAUGUCCUCAGCUGAGAUACCAAAGAGAAAAGUCAAACGUAAAGAGAGCAGUUUAUAUGUUAAGGUACCUUUUUAUGAAAACCAUAUGAAAGACUUGUACUGAAAAAAAUAAACAAGCGCCAAUGGGACUUUUUUUUUUUUUUUACUGUAAAUAGAGAAGAAGUUUUAAUACUGUAAGAUUUUAGUGACCCUUUAUUCAUUUGGAGGAAGGAACGCAUAUAUAUAUAAUUUUUACAGCAGUGAAUAGGUUUACACCAGGGUGUCACAAAUGACUAGCACUGACGACCACUGGUUUACAUGACAAUGAUACCACAUGAAAGGUAUAGUAAGUAAACAAUUAUUGAUAACGCUUUAUUUCAGUGUCUUAUGAAUUUGCUUUUAACAUUAUCAAAUAGCCUGUUAACCGUUAAUUCAGAUAUUGUACAUGUUCUCAUUUUUUUAAUUAACAUUUAAUAAUGUGUUAUAUAUACAAAAUCAAAGCUUGUAGUUGCAAGAAAAUGUAAGUUAUUUUGUUUUGGUCAACAGAAUAUUUUGAUAGUGUGUUGAUAGUAGUUAUUUGUCUGAGACGUGCAAAUACAGUGUUUUACAAUUUUGUUUGCAAUUGUACACCUUGUUGUGAUUGUUGUUCCUUUGCAUAGCUUCUCUCUGCAGUAAAAAAAAAUUCAUUUCAGUACUUAGUUUCAGUAAUUCUUCCUCAUCUUCACUGUUUAUUUCCUAUCUCUAUGCUCUCUUUACAAGAGCAACUGAAUAGCACCGAACAUUAUUAGAUUUGCUUGAAAGAGCUUUUUAGAUAUUUGGAUUUGAUGCUGUACAGAUCUCCCUAAAGAAAUUGGUAGUAUAUAACAGGAAAAAUCCCCAAAUGUUUAUUCUUUUGUAUUGGCUCAAAAGACACAUUUAUAUUGAUGCUUUCUCAACGCCAAAGCACUAUAUUCAGUUAUAAUGAAAACAGCCCAGGAAAGAGAACAGAUAUUAAGUUCUAUUCUGUCAUUUAAUGUCAGGAAACAGUUCAAUAUGAUUUCAUUUCUUGUCUUCUUUUAAAACUAAAUGCAUAUAUCUUGCUGUUGUCUGUCACCUUGCUAGUUAAGAAUGCUUUAUGUGGUGCAAAGUCAGGUUGCAAUGCCUUAAACUAUGUGUGUGCAGUAAUGGUUAUAUUUCUGUUGAUGCACAGAAAUGGAGAUUCAGGUUUUAUUUUUUUUUUUUUACUCCUCACUGGGGGGUUGUUUAUAACAAACAGUGCUCAGUCAUUUUAAGGAUUAGGGCAAUUUCUUGGUAGAGAAAAUUUUUAGUCUAUAGUAUAUGACGGUGCUCUCCAGUGUCAAGUUGGUAUUGAAGAGUGCAGGGGUUUUCCAGAAAGUCAAAUAUUGGAAUUUAUUUAUUUUUUUGGUAGUUUCGUUUUCUCAACAUUUCAUUUAAAAUUAAGAAAUCCUCAUCACAAACACCCUGUAUGCUAAAUAAAUGUAAUAAAGCUUUGAAAUUUC